AUGUCGCUUCGAAACGUCUUCAAGAAACUGCCAGAUGUCACCAAGGGUCUCCUGGGAACGAUGCUGGCCAUCAAUGUCAUUUACAACGCUGUGCGCCUCUCACAUCCGAUAGAUGUCUCCAAAGCGCGCUUUCAAGAAGUUCCAUGGCUAGCCCUUGUCCCCAAAAAUAUCCUAUACUACCCCUGGACCUUGGUCACCACCACCUUCGUUGAACAGAAUCUGGUCGGCUUUCUGAUCAGCUUGGCCUUGAUCGUGUUCGGCGGCCGAUACUUUGAAAGAGCAUGGGGGAGCAAAGGCUUCGCUAUGACUGUGCUAGUCACCUCUUUGAUCCCGAAUCUUCUCAUUGUCCCACUCUACUUCGCAUGGGGCGCCAUCAUGGGCAAUUCGAAUCGGGCGGCAACGGCGUGCACUGGUGGCAUCACGCUCCAAGCUGCCUUCCUGGUCGCUUUUAAACAACUGGUGCCGGAGCAUACCGUCAGUGUCUAUAAGGGCAUUCUCAAAAUCCGAGUCAAGCACUUCCCCGCCAUCUUUCUCUUGGUCAAUACUUUGUCUGGCCUAAUACUAGGUACUGAUACGGCUUUGAUUUUUGCAUGGCUAGGCUUCAUGACUACUUGGAUAUACCUGAGAUUUUACAAGAAACAACCAGAUCUGACCGGCAACAGCACUAGCAUCAAGGGCGACGCGAGUGAAACUUUCAGCUUUGCGACCUUCUUCCCAAACGUUGUCCAACCACCAAUAGCUGCUGUCUGCGACCAAGUCUUCGACCUGAUGUGUGCGCUCAAGUUAUGCACACCAUUCUCGGACGAGGCGAUCGAGUUGUCAAACCAACAGGCAGCUUCUCGAGGUGACGCCGGGCUGCCAACCUUUGUCCGGCAGUCUCGUGGAAAGGUCGGCAUGAGCAAACGGGAGGAGGCAGAAAGAAGGAGAGCUCUGGCUCUGCGAGCCCUUGACCAGAGACUCAACGACGCCGCUUCGAGUCAGCCAAAGCCACCGACUUCCAUCACGCCUUCUAUCUCGGCGGCGGACCAGCAGGCGCUUGGCCAAACCGACUAUCGGCCGGAGGACAACUAG